AUGAGCGUGCAGAUGGCGGCCGCGGACACAGCAGCUGAGGUCGCAGCAGACGUUGCUGCGGCCGACCCUACGAACAGAAAUCCCAAGAAGUCGAGUCAGACCUGCAUUCCAUGCAGAGUGCGCAAAGUUCGUUGUGACGGUCGUCGCGACGUUUGCCAGAAUUGCGAGCGGUUAGGAUUCACGUGCUCAUUUCAAGACGCCGCCUCUCCCAGCCAGGAUUCCGAGGGUUUGACAAAUUUCACCCUUCCGCGAAGACGUGUUAGACUAGCUUGUGCCAACUGCCAUUCCAGGAAAGCUAGAUGUAGUGGUGAAACCCCGAAAUGCGCAAGAUGUCAAGCUCAAGGCAUUGAGUGCGUCUACAAACCGACGAAGCGAUCUGGAGGCGUUAGCGGCGUCUCCCAGCAAUCCCAUCAGGGCGCUACUGAUUCCGAACUUGAGUCUGUCUCAUCCGAACCACCGGAGAAAAGAGUAAUGAUGAGUAAGGAUAAUCAGGGUUCUCAUCAUGGUCCUCGAGGGCCCGAUAGGAAUAGCUUCGAACCAAAUGGGCCCUCGACAUGUACAGCAUCCAGCAAUGAACCGUUUGUUUUUCCAGAUGAAGGUAUCAUACAGCGGACCUUUAGUAAUUUCUUUCGUCAAAUUCACCACGUCCCUAUCUUUUCGUUCCUUCAUCGUGCUUCACUCAUGCAACGUUAUCAUGCUGGCAUGAUGGAUAAAGCUCUGCUUCUUGCUUUAGUGGGCAUCACUUCACUUAUCAUAGACCUGGGCCCUGGUACUCGAGAGUAUGGGGCUAGGUGUAUCGACGAAUGUCAGAAGAUGGUACUUGAGGACCUCGAGAAUCCGUCGACUAUUAAGAUACAGGCCCUCGUCCUCAUUAUGAAACACCGCAUGUUGUCGCGCAAAUUCACUACCGCCUUUAUGUUGGCGGCAACGGCUACUCGCUUUGCCUAUGCUCUCCGCCUGAAUUAUGAGAAUCCGAAUCUAUGCUUCUUAGCGCGAGAAUCACGGAGGAGACUGAUGUGGGCGCUUAUGACUAUCGACUCCGGUAUCAAUGGCGGGUGUUCGGAUUUUACACUGAUGCCGUCCGAAUCUAUGCACAUUCAACUUCCUUGCACCGAGCGCAACUUCGAAUUUGAUCUGCCACAAGUAACUGAAUACCUCCGGCCCGUCCCCACGCGGCCUUUCCCGGAUGACGUUGGUUCGCUCGCGCUCCACGUGCGACUCCUAUGGAUGAGAAGCAGAGUCCUAUAUUGCACCAAGAAUGUGCUAGGCAUGCCCGAGUCUGAACUGGCGCAGCUGCCAGAGUUGGUCAAGGUAUUAUCAGAAGAACUAGCUGGCUUCAACGAUCACCUGCCGGCCUCUUUCAAGUUCUCGGAAAGCAACCUUCAAUUGCGAGCUUACUCACCACGAUUAUGUGUUUAUAUUAUGAUACAUGUCUGGUGGCGACAGUGCUACUGCGAUCUCUACCGAAUGUUCCUAGUAGGACUUAAAGAGGCAUUGCCACAGUCGGGUUUAAACCAAUUAGACCCCCAAUUCGUGUCAUAUUGCAUGCGUCAAUGUUAUGAGCACGCUUUGGCUAUGUCGGAUAUUUUUAAACUUGUUCUGUCGCUUGACGGAGGCCUCCCGGUCACUGAUCUUGAUCUACCCGGCUGCGCUUAUCAGUGCGCUCGGAUUGUUUACUUUGCUCACCAAACGAACCAAGGGGAAAUCAGUUUAACAUCAAACCAAGUACACGAACUUGGUAUGAGAUGCCUAACGAUUGCGAAGUCGAUGGAUCACGUCCCAGCUGGCGCUGCCAUUGUCAAUGAUCUUGAAAAACUGAUUGCCCGUGGCUUCACUACAAAUGCCGCACCGAACCACCCAGGGAGCCCCAGUACCAACGGUUCCAAUCUUAUAUCCCAACAUGCUCUGCCACGCCACAACCCGAUUCAACAAAUGCAAGUUGUCGAUGAAAGCGGAUUUACUAAUAUCCCUAUUCUAUCUCCUUCAGCUCAUAUAACCUCACCACAAGGCAGUUCAAUGCCAACCCCAAUUCAGCAUUCAACUCCCCGUCCACCACAAGAGCAUACCCGUGGAUCUCCGCUACCGGGAACACCUAUUGGAGAUUUUAACAUAGCGAAGUCGAAUUUACCGCCUGUGAUGCCACCAGAUGGAAUAGAUAAUAAUAACGCCUUUGAGGGUGCGAUGGAUGGCUUUGACUUCAAUCUCGAGUCAUUCGGAAAUAGCGGCCUCGAAUCUGCAUCGUGGCUCUCGAGCGACUGGCUUAAUAACGAGUACUCACAAACGACGGUUUGA